AUGAAUAUGAAUGAGCUGGUUCAGCUGAAGAAUUUUCCUGCGAUGAUGCUACUACAGGCGCCUUUUGCAACUGCUUCGUCAUAUUACCAGAGCUUGGCCGAGACCCAGUUCAUGCAUUUAAUAACGCAGCGAAACGACGCCGUUGACUCGGAAGAGGACUGUCGCGCCAAGUAUAUUUCCAGAAAGCUCUUUUGCAAACUGGCAGGAGAAUCACGUCUUCGCAACAAUACCAUGCCCGAUGAUGUUUCAUCCAAGCUCUUCUGCGAUGACCUGCGUCCAACCAACAUUCUUCUCAACGCGGACAUAAAAAUCGUCGCGGUCAUUGAUUGGGAAUUCACAUAUACUGCCCCUGCAGAGUUCGCGUGA